AUGUUCACCGGAAAACCUCCAUGGAACUCAAAAAUGGAAAACAACAAUGAGGAAUCACCUUCAAUUCCAAGCAGUAUAUCAAGAGAAGGGAGAAGUUUCUUGAAGAGUUGUUUCUCGAGGAAAGCUUGUUUUAGAUGGACGGCUGAGAUGCUUUUAGCUCAUACUUUUCUGGAAGGAGUCGGUGAUGAUGAUGAUGAAGAAGAUGUUAAAGUUGAAGAGUUGGGUGACGUUUUGGACAUAAAUGGAAUUUGUUCGUCAAUCAUGUCUGAUGAUGAGAUGAGUAUGUUGUCGUUUUCAGAUGGGUUGAGUUAUUAUUCUGAAGAUGAACUCCAUUAUUGGUCUGAAGAAGAUGUUUCUUGCUUUUCUGUAGAAGAAAAUGGUACCACUGUAUUGAAUGAAGUACAUCAAUACCCUAUUACUUUCUCCAUUUCUUCAGGAGUGUAG